CCCUCCCUUCCCUGUAUUCUCCCUCCCUCCCUUCUCUCUCCCUCCCUCUUUCUCCUCUGCCUCUGUCCCUGUCCCUGUCCCUCCAUUCCCCCACUCUGUCUUUCUAUUCCCCGCGCCCUUUCUGUUCAGUUUCAGAUCCUUCACCAAGAUGGCGGUCGGAUGUCAGUGGCUGACCCGGAAGUUCCUAUGUAACCCUGGCGUGAACCCUGGGGAAGAUGGCGGCUUGGGCCUGCGCGGCGCGAGGAUACCGAUUGUGGAUUGCAGCAGGGGGAGUGAGACAGAGCAGGUUAUUUUUCUAUAAGGAAUCCAGACGUGGGUUUAGAAAAGCACCAAAAAAAAAUGAACCUCGGAAAGUGGAGCCAGAUGAAAAGGCUCUGAAGGACUUGGCCUCGCGUGUGAAUCAGACAAGCAAAAGCAGUUUGACCCCACUGCUGGAUGAGCCUGUUUUAUCUAAAGCAUCAGUGCACUCAUUCAGAAAGCUUGUCAAACCCUUUCUGUUUACUAUAGGGUUCACAGGAUCCUCAUUCGGGGUGGCAGCCAUCUGGCAGUAUGAGUCUCUCAAAUCCAGAGUUCAAAGUUACUUCAAUGACCUCCGUUUGGAUUGGUUGGAAAAGCAUCACCCGCCUAAAGCUGGUGACAUCAGGAAGCAGGUGAACCAGUGGUGGAACAGCCUUACUGAGGGGCAGAGGACCAUCACAGGAAUUAUAGCAGCCAAUGCUUUAGUGUUCUGUUUGUGGAGAGUUCCUUCAAUGCAACGGACCAUGGUGAAAUACUUCACCUCUAAUCCUGCUUCCAAAACACUGUGCUUGCCCAUGGUCCUGUCGACUUUCAGCCACUACUCAUUCUUUCACAUGGCAGCAAACAUGUAUGUGCUGUGGAGUUUCUCCUCCAGCAUAGUGUCGCUUCUUGGGCAGGAGCAGUUCAUGGCUGUCUACCUAUCAGCAGGUGUUAUUUCCACAUUUGCCAGUUAUGUCUAUAAAACUGCCACUGGCCGCUUAGGAGCAUCACUUGGAGCUUCUGGUGCAAUAAUGGCUGUACUUGCUGCAGUCUGCUCCAAAAUGCCUGAAGCAAAACUGGCCAUCAUUCUGCUGCCCAUGUUCACCUUCACAGCCAGCAAUGCUCUGAAAGCAAUUAUUGCCAUGGAUACAACAGGCCUGAUUCUGGGAUGGAGGUUUUUCGACCACGCAGCUCACUUGGGUGGUGCAUUUUUUGGAAUUUGGUAUAUCUUUUACGGCCAUGAACUGAUUUGGAAGAACAGAGAACCUCUGGUGAAGGUGUGGCAUGACAUGAGGACAAAGGGUCCCGGAAAUGGAGGGCGUGGCCCCUCCUAGGCAAGAAGCUGCAUUUUAGAAAGAAAAAUGAUAUCCACUAAGAUUUGGGAGGAGCACAGGAUAGAGGCAAUAACCAAACAAACUGGGCCCUGGCAGAGGCAGGAGUUUGUAGCAGGACCCCGAAUUCAGACAAAGCUACAAGCUACAGCAAAUUUUUAACUUCUGAAGGAGUGUAUUUAAAAUAUUUACAGGACUGUACAGUGAGAAAUAAACAGGAGCAUUUCGAAGAAAAGGUUUUGGCUAGAUAUUUCUCUCCAGCACUGCAUCCUGUAUGCCCCCCCUCACCAUCCCAAAAAAAACCUGAUUUCGGGCCAACUGUUGAAACAAAAAGCUGUCAGCUAUUCGAAAUGCAAAUUUGUGAUUGUCGUUUAUGAUUGCAGUCUAUCCCCGUUUAGGUUAAAGGCCACAAUCUGUGAAAUUGUUGAAACACAUCCUAUACCGCACACCCAUUCCCCUAUCUGGAGGAAGGAUCACUAAUGAAAACUAAACCUUUUGAAGCUUUUUUAAAAAAAAACCAAGGUCUUUUUUAGAUUAGCCAAGUAUAUCCGACAUUUGGAAAUCCAUCACCAUAAUUUAAAGUCCUCAAAGAGAACCAUUUAGAAAUUAGCACAGUUGGUGUGUUUUUGCCUGAUAAUGAAUGGAUUCGGAAUAAACUCCUUUAACUCAAGUCUGGAGCUCUCAAGCCAAGACUUAUUGGGUGACCAAAGUGCAUCCAGGGGGUACUACUGAAAUUCAAACAGCUAAGCCCAUGCAGUUUACCAGCUUAUAGCCCUGGUAGCCUCCUAUUGCUUGUCCAACUAGGUCUUCUCUACCUCCUGGGCCAUUGGUUUGCAGAGUUCUCUAGAGCCACAUGGGAAGAACCUCAGUUGAAGUGACAGGUUUAAAGAUGGAAAAUAUUGAGGGUUCACAUCUAAUUAUUGCUUCUGGUAUAUAGAAUGUUUCAGUCCAUUAUUAAUCACUGUUUAGUGAUCAGCAACAAAGGCUUAUAGUUUGCCACAAUUACGGUUUUAAGUCUGAGACUGCCUUUAACUGCCAUGGUCUCUCUGGUUGGUUGCCAUUUUGAGCAGGUGAUCAGCCUACUUGUCAGGCCUAUGCCCGAAAGUGCAAAGGAUGACAGGGUCUCUCAAUGACUCGGUGUGCAGGGGUAUUACGGGCUUGUAUUCCCCCACUUUGAGAGGUGGUCCACUUCAUCAUGUCUCUCCCACCAUGUUGCAUUUUAAGUAGAAAAUAUUCAGAGAGCUCUGUGAUGCUCACCAUAACUCCAGUGCUGAAAUAUUCAGAUGCUCAGAAUAUAAUAACUGAAUGCUAUGUGCUGCAGAUGACAUAUCACCUCUUUAGAUUUGCUACUUGGUAAAGGGACUAUGCCAACCGAAUGCUCAGUCAUCCUGUUUAUCUCAUCAUAUUACAAGAAAGAAAACAUCCAGUUAGCACAGUUCCAGAACAGUUACCCUUUGUUUUUAGGAUCAGGAAAGCUGUAUCAAGUUGCAUCCACUACUCAAAUUAUUGCAGUGCCAAAUAUCUAUUGAAAUCACUCAGAUUCUUUACUGUCAUUUCCACAUUUUACUUGACAUGUCUUUGUAUAAAGACUAGAAAGGAACAAGUAAAGAUAAACCAGAUUGCUUUUCAGGUUUAACCUGUAUUUCGAGUAGAUGAAUCUGGGUUUCUGUAUACAUUGUAUACCAGCACAGGUGUACUUUUUUGAAGGGGUGAUCAUGGGGAAGAACAGAAGGAACUGCUGGAGCAUAUAAAGUACAAUCUCAAUAAAAUGACUUAAGUAUUAAUUUCAUAAUCUUCAGAAGUACAAGACAGGAGUUGAGCACAACAUUGGUACCUGAAUUUGAGUUCUGCAAACCCUGAAAUGUGUAUUUCCACACCUCCUCCCUGCCCCUGUUCUAUUUUCCCUCGCUGUCUUUCUCCUAGUUUAUGCCCAAGCUGGAGGUGUUAAAUCAAGCCCCAGCAUGAUUUUGAGGUCAUAAUACCCUCCUUAAUGAAAUAUGACUGGAGCCAGUAACUAAAUUGAUUAAAGAACCAACUAACACACAGACUGCACUUUAUUGAGUCGUUGGGAUGUUCCAAAGCACUUUAGAAAUGGACUUCUUUUGUAAAAACAGUCACACAUGGUGGCCACUUUGCUCACAGCAAGGUCCUCCAAAUAACACAUGAAUGCCUGAGGGAAGAAUGUUGGUCAUAGCACUAGAAGUGGUCUUCAAAUAGUGCCAUUGGGUCUUUUACGGCUGCCGGGUUCUAGAUACUAUUCCACUGAAUCAUAAUACCUCCAACAGUGAAUGUAGUGACGUUGGAGCUCAGAAUCUUCUGCUUCACAGGAAAGGGUGUCACCUGCUAGAUCAUACAAAUAAGUGCUGUGAACAAAACAGUCAUCGCUGUCACAAGAUGAUGAAGUUUGAGACUGGGAAUGUACCAAGUAUAAAAAAGAAACUCUCAUUUCUUGGUUGCAGAGUCUCCUUAUGACUGCUUUAUAUUCCUGUGCUCCCAACAACUACUAUGGUCAAAUAUUAAAAACGUCUGCUGACAACACAAUUCCUGUGGUUGCACCCUGUCAUAAUACAAGAACGUUCUUUUUAAGCUUCCAAUGAACUGCUGAAAUCUGUCACAUUGUGUAAUUAUUGUUAUAAUACUGCUGCCCUGUGUUGCUUUGCUGUUUUCUAGUGAAUUAUCCCAUUGUUGUACUACUCAGUUCUGAGAGUUUAAUCUCACUUCUGUCCAUAUAUUAUGCUUAACUAAAGUUUAUUAAAAGUAUGAAAUACAGAUUAAA